AUGGCCGGCCUAGCAAACCUCAUACCUCUACUUGUCCUCUUCAUCGUAAUCGGCGGCGGCGGUUACGUCGGCUACCAAAUCUACCUCUGGUCGAACGAAAUGACAGAUCGGGGCAAGAAGCACAUGGAGAAGAAGCACAUGUCGUUCACGAAAGACGGCGGGCUCAAAGUCGGCGUCAAAGAGAGGACAGAUGAGGCGUAUACGGAUAAGACGCAGAAUGUCCUCGUGAACGUAUGGAACAACGCGCAACCAGGAAGCGCAAAACGAACAAACUCCUCGCAAGCACGACCGAGCACGUCGCGCACGGCAUCUUCAGCGUCUGCGAGCGGGAAGUCGAACCUGUCGCCGCCGGUGUCGAGGAGUAAUACGCAGCGACCUGCCAGUCCAGUGCCUGGGUCUUUCUAG